AUGCCCGGGCCCUCGGACAGCCAGAGCCGUGCUCCGUCCAAGAAGGAAGAACGGCCGGGGCGGGAUGGCCAGGCUCCCAGCGGUGCAGACCUUCUCCUGGACCCUCAGAGCAGCCCUGGCAGAGUAACAUUGUUUCUCCUUCCAGGUGCAAAGAAGUGGCUGGAGUGGAGGAAAGAGGUGGAGCUGCUCUCGGAUGUUGCCUACUUCGGCCUCACCACACUUGCAGGCUACCAGACCCUCGGGGAAGAGUACGUCGGUGUUGUCCAGGUGGACCCAUCCCAGAGGCAUGUGCCAAGCACACUGCGCCGUGCCAUGCUGGUGGCCCUGCAUGCUGCCCUACCCUACCUUCUGGACAGGGCACUGCUGCCCCUGGAGCAGGAGCUGCAGGUGGACCCCGACAGUGGGCGGCCCUUGCAGGGGAGCCUGGGGCCCAGCGGGCGUGGCCGGUCGUGGGUGCGGCGCUGGGUGCAUCGCCACACGGCCGCCCUGACAGAGCAGCAGAAGAGAGCAUUCUUGCGGGCAGCCUUCGUCCUCAGACAGGGCCUGGCUUGCCUCCAGCGGCUGCAUGUGGCCUGGUUUUACAUCCAUGGUGUCUUCUACCACCUGGCCAAACGGCUUACAGGCAUCACCUACCUCCGCGUCCGCCACCUGCCGGGAGACGACCCACGGGCCCGCACAAGCUACAGGCUGCUGGGGCUGGUGUCCCUGCUGCACUUAGCACUCUCCGUCGGGCUGCAGCUCUAUGGCUUCCGGCAGCGCCAGCGGGUCAAGAAGGAGUGGAGGCUGCACCGCAACCUGUCUCACCGCAGGGGCUCCCUGGAGGAACGCACCAUCUCCAGGAACCCACUGUGCACCCUGUGCCUGGAGGAGCGCCGCCACCCCACAGCCACACCCUGUGGCCACCUGUUCUGCUGGGAGUGCAUCACCGCAUGGUGCGGCACCAAGACGGAGUGUCCCCUCUGCCGGGAGAGGUUUCGUCCCCAGAAGCUCGUCUACCUUCGCCACUACCGUUGACCUGACGCCCAGAUGGGGCCCGAGUGGAUGGAAAGACCUGAGUCGGAAUGUUGAGAAAAACGUAUCAAGAUUUACUUGCACAGAAACUAUACAGUUCUUAUAUGCUCUGGUUUUUGUCACAUGAGGUACUACACCGACCACCAGGGGAGGACAGGAACCCACUGCCUGAGGCUCAGGCAGGGCCUAGGGCCAAGGCCCGGAUGGGAGAAUGUCUAGCCCUGCCUGGUGCAGUGGUCUCUGGUGAAGCCCACUUAUUUGGACAAGGCUUCAGGUUGCUCCCCCAGACUACACAGCUGAAAACUAACUUCCGAAGUAGGCCAAAAGGAAAUGUAUUCGCUUGUGUGAAAAUGACUCUGACACUGGUGGGUAUUUAAGGCAGCGGACUGCGUGCAUGCUGCAUCGGAGGCGGCACAGGGAUAUACGGCUGCUUCAGCCAGGUGGUUAGAGGCAGCCCCAUAGCUGCCCACAAGGAGGCAGAGGCCCCUGCAGGAUGUCGCGGCAGAGUGAGUCCCUCAGGACUUGAUGGCAAGACCACACGGGAGUACAGACCAAGGUUGGCAUUGCUACCUGAAAUGUUUGGCACGUACCAUUUAAUACACAUUGAGUUUGCUUCCAGUUUUA